AUGUCCGGAAGUCUGGAUGUCCUCCAAAUGAAGGAGGAAGAUGUGCUCAAGUUCCUGGCUGCAGGGACCCAUCUUGGAGGUACCAACUUGGACUUCCAAAUGGAGCAGUACGUCUACAAAAGGAAAAGUGAUGGUGUGUACAUCAUUAAUCUGAGAAAGACCUGGGAGAAGCUGCUGCUGGCUGCCAGGGCCAUCGUUGCCAUCGAAAACCCAGCUGACAUUUGUGUCAUCUCCUCCAGGAACACCGGACAGGUUUGUUCUUUUCAGCGAGCAGUGUUGAAGUUUGCCUCGGCCACUGGAUCCACUACCUUCCACGGUCGUUUUACCCCGGGAACAUUCACCAAUCAGAUCCAGGCUGCUUUCAGAGAGCCCCGCCUCCUGAUUGUGACAGAUCCUCGCGCUGAUCACCAGCCGCUGACUGAGGCCUCCUAUGUGAACAUCCCCUCCAUUGCUCUGUGUAACACUGACUCCCCACUGAGAUAUGUGGACAUUGCCAUCCCCUGUAACAACAAGGGUCACCACUCUGUGGGUCUUAUGUGGUGGAUGUUGGCCAGGGAGGUUCUCCGAAUGAGAGGUACCAUUUCCAGAGAGCACCCUUGGGAGGUCAUGCCUGAUCUGUACUUCUACAGAGAUCCUGAAGAGAUUGAAAAGGAAGAGCAGGCCGCUGCUGAGAAGGCAGUUGGAAAGGAGGAAUUCCAGGGUGAAUGGACCGCCCCUACAGCGGAGUUUGCCCAGCCUGAGGUUGCCGACUGGUCAGAGGGUGUUGCUGUGCCAUCUGUGCCCAUUCAGCAGUAUGCAGCAGAGGACUGGAGCAAUCAGCCCGCCACUGAGGAUUGGUCCACUGCUCCCACUGCCCAGGCCUCUGACUGGGGUGGUGCUACUUCUGAUUGGUCCUAA